CUCCUGAGUCCCGGCCGGUUUCUUCCGCCACUGCCAUUCGAGAUCUACCGCAGGCGUUAAUGAUGCCUCUGAGGAGGGUAUUGGAGAUAGAAUCGCCAAGCCCACUUAGGUACUUAAUGGGAGCGAUGGUGAUGAUGAUCGGAGUCGUUUUACCGGUUGGCUACAUGAUGUUCCGAAACAAACGUGUACCUUCGUCUUCCUCCUAUUCUAAGCAGACGUAGGAGCAAAGGCUUGAUCUAAAGACAUCGGGGCAAGUUCUGAACUUCAGAAUUGUUUUUAUCUCGUGUUGAUGGAAGUGCUAUUGGGGCUACUUUAGAGAUGAAGCAUAUGAAAGAUAAAAGUACCUUCACUAAUCUGUGCACUACUGAUACAACUUUGUUGAACUGCAAUUGUGAUAAAUGGGUUGUGAGGAAUUUGAAUGCAAUGACUAUCUUAUAAGGAAAAUACUUAUGCUUUGAUUC